AUGAAUGUGUUUAAGUCGCCAACCAGCUUAUUAAGAGAGAUCGAGGCAAUGUUGUCACAGUUUUGGUGGAAUCAUAACAAUUCUGCCAAGAGUAUUCAUUGGAGAAGUUGGGAGAGGUUAGGCAAGAUGAAAGACAAGGGUGGACUUGGAUUUGGUAGUUUAACCAGUUUCAAUAGAGCCUUGCUAGCAAAACAAGUGUGGAGACUUUUGCAAGAUCCUUCCUCACUGGUUUCACAGGUUGUUAAGCAUAAGUAUUUUCAGAAUUGUGAGUUACUAGAGUCUAAGAUCGGAUCUUCUCCUUCUCAUAUAUGGAGAAGAAUUUGGUCUUCCAUAGACUUAGUUAAGGUAGGUUCUGUGUGGAGGGUAGGGAAUGGGGAGAUUAUUAAGAUGUGGCAUGAUAGGUGGCUUCCUAUACCUUCUACCUAUAAAGUGUUAACUCUUGUUCCUGUGUUGGACACAAAUGCUAGAGUGGCAGCUUUAAUAAAUGAAGAGAAGUAUGAGUGGAAUACAGAGUUGACCAAAGAAGUGUUCAGUGCAGAAGAUGCUCAGUUGAUCUGCAGUCUCCUAAUCAGUCAAAGAGGGGCAAAAGACAAUCUAAUUUGGGUGAAGUCUUCAAAAGGAAUGUUUAAUGUAAAGUCUGCAUAUUUUGUGGAUUUAGAGAAUAAAAGACAGAAUCAAGGUCAGUCUUCUAAUGAAUCUGUUGAGUAG